AUGUGUUAUCCCAUAAUUAUCUCUAAUAAGGAGCUUUAUGAAAAAGCCCAACAAAGUACAAUUCGAGAGGAACUCGGGAGGGGAGAAAAUGGGAUUGUAGAACUAAUUGAAGUAGACGAUCGACUUGUUUGUUUGAAAAGGGCCAAGGAUGGAGUUACACCUUUGUUUCACGAGCAAAACAUCCUUAUUGGGUUAAACGGUGCUGGCGGCGCCCCGCUGGUUCUCUAUCAAUGUAAGGAUUACCCGGCAUACGUAAUGACGUUUACACGGGGUGUAGACAUGGUAGAGUUUGUCCAACAUUGUACACCAGACGAGUUUGUCAGAUGUCUUAUCGCUCUCUUUAAAAGUCUGGAUGAAAUUCACCGAUCUGGUUAUAUUCAUGGCGAUAUAAAGCCCGACAACAUGUUUGUGGAGGAAAAUGAAAAUGGGGACAUCGAGGUCCAUGUGAUUGAUUUUGGGCUUUCCCUAAAAAUUGGGACUCCUCAAUUCAAGCAUGCAGCCCUUAAUUAG